CCUAGUCUGUUCCUUGAAAGUAAGGGAGCGAGGCAAAAGUGUCUUAGGCCAAAAUAAGUGCAGCUGGAACUCACCACAGCACAGGGAUGGGAGAGCAAGAGAGAAACAUGGGAAACCCUUCUGACAUCCACCUGGGAGCUUUCCAUGUGUCUGAAGAAUAUGGCUUCGUCCUAGAAGACCCGCUGACAGAUCUUCCAGCCUACUAUCAGGCCUGGAUGGACAUUGCCACAAACCUCAACUUCUUAAUUGAGAGCCAUCAGCUUCAAGACAAAGUCAAACAGAUGCCUUUGCUGAGUAUCCACCACCUCAAGGGGCACAGGGAACUGAGGCUGGCACACCUGGCGCUAGGUGUCAUCACCAUGGGCUAUGUGUGGCAGGAGGGGAAAGAGAAGCCAGCCAAGACCCUACCGAAGGGUCUGGCCGUGCCUUACUGCAGAGUGUCUGAAGUCCUCGGCCUUCCCCCCAUCUUGGUUUAUGCUGACUCAGUUCUGGCCAAUUGGAAGAAAAAGGACCGGAAUGGACCCAUGGACAUAGGGAACCUGGACACUGUGUUCACAUUGCCUGGUGGGGACACAUGCAAAGGAUUCCUUUUGGUUUCUCUGAUGGUAGAGAAGGCUGCCAGUUCAGGACUACAGGGCAUUGCCAUGGCGAUGAACUCUAUGGUAACUCAUGACAUCAGCUCCAUGGAGGAGGCACUUUUGACUACAGCCACCUCUCUAAUUGAGAUGAGGGAAGCUUUCCAGCUCAUGCAUGGAGAAGUGGACCCCACAUUGUUCUAUGGUGUCUUGCGCACCUUUUUAUCUGGCUGGAAAGACAACCCUAUGUUGCCAGAGGGUUUAAGAUAUGAAGGGGUGUGGGAGGAACCCCGACAUUUCUCUGGUGGCAGUGCAGCGCAGAGCUCAGCCAUACAGUGCUUCGACGAGCUGCUGGGAAUUCGCCACAAAGAGGAGCAUGAUGCUUCUUUCCUGAUGCGAAUGAGAGAAUACAUGCCCCCACCCCACAGACGGCUAAUUGAAGCCAUCGCCGCGGGACCCGCUCUGCGCCAGUACGUCAUCUCCAGCGCCAGUGCACGUCUGAGCUUUGCCUACAACUGCUGUGUGGCUGAGCUGGUCAAGCUCAGGAGCUAUCACAUCAACACCGUGUACAAGUACAUCAAUAUUCCGGCCAAUAAAGCCAAACGUUCUGGCUGCCCAUUUGGCGGGACAAGCCUGGCUUUAAGGGAAACGGGCACUGGCGGCUCCGACGUCCUGCGCUUCCUCCAAAGCAUUCGCAAUUCCACUAAAGACUAUUUAAUAUACUGAUGGAAAAAACCAAAAUGCACCGUUUUCUGGAAUGAGAAUACUAUAGAUAUAGCUUAUGUACUUUCA